AUGGACUUCAUUAGGAAAAAGCAUCCAGAUGUCGACGAGUGGAAAAAGGAAGCUAGGGACGAAGUAGUACGGCAAGUCGUAGGACUAUCAAAGCAAAAGAAGAUGGAGCCAGGACCGGCAUUUGACAGAGAGAUGGUGAAAACAGCUCACAGAGGAAGACCAGAGACGUGGGAUCCCAACGGAGUCAAGUAUACGCCAGGAAUGUUCCGGAACAUAGAAAUAGACAAUCACAUCACUCAGAAACAAAUAGACGCACUGAAAGCAGAAGUAACGGAUAAAAAUCCCAAAGAAGGUGAAAGUGGAAGGCUCUGGAAUAAAUAAACACGUGUGAAAGACAGCUGGAUACGAAGAGAAGGGGCAUUAAAGUGUGAUUGUAUUGAAAAGCCAGCCCUGUCACAUCAAACUUUUCAUUGCCUUGGAAAGCACGAUCUGGAAUGAUAAUUCUUGGAUGAACACUCGAAAAGAGGUAGCCCUUAGGAAGAUAAAGAAAGGAGGCAGUAAUAGAUCAUCGAAUCGAAAAAAUUCGCAAAGAUCAUUAGGAGAGGAGCUCCCACGGUAGCGAAAAUGAUCCGAACAAGCAGAGCUGGGUCGAUGAAUAGAUUAAAGGCGCAGACGCUCAGAUGAAAAUCAAAUAAAAUCGAACCGAUUGAGAAGUAUUGAAAUAAGGAGAUCAGGAGUGGUGAAGCAGAGGGUAGAUGCAGAAUAGGGCGGAACUACAGG